AUGCCUGUAGACACCACUCCCAAAUUUCGCGCUAUCCGCGUGUGCAACCGCGACCCGACCAAGGCUAAGGCGAAAGCCGCCACUUGCGUAAAGCCAGGCCCAAAGCCAAAGGAAGUGCAUUUCUCUUCUGCUGUUCUGGGCCAAGAGGGAUGGAAAAAUUUGACAAACUGGGACUGGCUCCAGGUCAUUCAAUAUCACGACAAGAAUCCCAACAUUAAACAGAAGGCUGUCAUCGAGUAUUUUGCCUCGAGGUCUCAUGCCGAGGGCGGGAAACUGUCGUUCAUGCAGAGCGCGCUUUUGAAGCACCUGAAUCCAGUCAAGAAGGCUGCUCUCCUGGCCCUUGCUGCUCAAAACUCCACGGCACUGUCUCUCAAGCGCGAGCGAGUUGUUACAGCACCCAAAGUUGAUCGGGGUCUUGGUCUAUGGGCGCUCGACGGGGAACAGAAGAAUCGUGCAGUUACAGGCACAAUGUUGAUUGAGCAAUGCAAGAGACUUGAAGUGGCGCUCAAUGUUCCUGAAGGACAACGCUUGUGA